ACCAGUCCAUAUACAACAGUUACCAAAAGAUGCACUUCAUUGGCACCUCGACUGCAGUCUGCUAUAGCCUUGUUCCUAAUUACGCAAGAAUCUGGAUCGCGAAUUUCUUAGAAACCUAUCGAGCGAUUAAUGAGUAAUGCAAAACAAGUAAUUUUGCAAUUUUUUUAGGUAACUCGGACCUCGGAUAUGAGUGAGGAGAACAAACCUGAAAAAGUGUGGAAGGGAUGGAUAUAUGCGCAAAUGGUUGUUCAAGUGUGACGACUUUGCCAGUAAUGAUAUUACAAAGACGGUACCACUCGCAAUUGAAGCCUUAAUUUAGUACAGAUAACUCAAUGUUUUUGCGUGGACGUGGAGAAGUUAACCGUUAAGGUAUGGAUAUCACGAAGAAAAACGUCAAUGUUAAUCCCAGAACAAACGCAAACCCCUGCGCUGUAUUAUUUUUUACAUACGCUUACGACAUCUUCAAAACCGGUUACUCGGAAACGCUGGACGUUGAAGAUUUAUACAAUCCUAUACCGGCAGACGAGAGCACGCAGGCGGGCAACCGAUUAGAAGUAAAAUGGAAGGCGCACCUGGAAGAGACGAGAAAGCGCCGCAAAUCGCCGAGCUUGCUCAAAGUUCUUGUGCGGACGUUUUGGCCCGAAUACCUACUGCUCGGCGUGGUUCUGGGGGUCAACGAUAUCGUGCUUCGGUUGCUGCAACCGUUUUUGUUGAGGGAACUACUCGGGUAUUUCACAUCGGAGGCCACCAAGUCGAAGAGUGAGGCGUACUGGUAUGCCACCGCAAUUGUUGUGAGCAACCUCGGAAUUACCUUUCUUUUGAAUCAGUACAUUAUGGAGGCGUUCCAUUUCGCCAUGAGAGUGCGUGCUGGUUGCUGCGCUCUGAUCUACAGAAAGGCUUUGAAGCUAAGCAGAACGGCCUUAGGCGAGUCGGCCGCUGGAAAGGUGGUAAAUUUGCUCUCGAACGAUGUCAGUCGUUUUGACGUUGCUUCCGUUUUCGUACAUCACAUGUGGGUCGCACCAACCACAGCCGUAAUAGUAAUGUACUUAUUAUGGAAGGAAGCCGAUUAUUGCGGUCUAAUCGGCAUGAUUCCCAUCUUUCUUAUUUGCCCAUUGCAAAGUUACACCGGAAAGUUAACGUCCAAGUACAGAAGGCAAACGGCGUACAAAACCGAUCAAAGGGUGCGACUCAUGGACGAAAUCGUCGCGGGUAUACAAGUGAUUAAAAUGUACGCGUGGGAGAAGCCAUUCGAGAAAAUCAUCCAUUACGCCAGGAAAUCGGAAAUAAACGUUAUUACGAAAGUGUCCUACCUUAGAGGCGUGUUCAUGUCGUUUAAUUUGUUUACGACGCGCGUUGCCUUACUGUUUACGCUAUUGGCAAUGGUUUUGUUGAAACGAGAGAUUACAGCGGCUAAAGUUUUUGUCUUCAUGUCCUACUUCUCCAUACUUUCAGUGACUAUGUCGUCCAAUUUCGUGCGCGGAGUGUCGGAGAUAGCCGAACUGUUAGUGGCGAUCAAAAGAUUACAGGAGUUUCUGCUCAAUGACGAGUUUAGCGAGAAGAAAAGUAUUACAAAUAAUAACGAUUUGUCAUUGGACGCCAAGCAACCUGCGUUGAAGUUAGUCAAUGUUACAUCAAAAUGGAAAUCGAAUUUAGCGGAAAAUACUUUAAAAAACGUAAAUAUAUCGAUCGCGGAGGGCGGCCUUUUAGGUGUCAUUGGACCUGUGGGUAGUGGAAAGACUUCGCUUUUGUUGACAAUAUUAGGAGAACUAGAUAUACCCGAAGGACAUGCGGAAGUCAAUGGCCGAAUAUCCUACGCCUCCCAGGAACCGUGGGUUUUCGCGGCAACGGUCAGACAGAAUAUUCUAUUCGGCCAAUCGUAUGACAAAGAGAGGUACAACGAGGUGGUGCACGUGUGCAGCCUGGAAAAAGAUUUCAAACAGUUUCCCGACGGCGAUCUAACGAUCGUCGGCGAAAGAGGCGCGUCGUUAAGCGGCGGCCAAAAGGCCCGCAUAAAUUUGGCGCGUGCUGUUUAUCGACACGCCGACAUAUAUCUGUUGGACGAUCCGCUGUCUGCAGUUGACACUCACGUUGGCAAGCAUUUGUAUCAGGAGUGCAUACUCAAGUUUUUGGCGCAUAAGACGAGAAUUUUGGUCACCCAUCAGGUGUAUCAUUUGGAAAACGCUGAUAAUGUUGUUAUUAUGAAUAAUGGCUGCAUACAAAUAGAAGGAAAAUAUAGUGAUUUGGCCUCGAGCGACAAUAGCUAUGCCAAACUUCUUUCCGUCGCGCAGGAGGUAAUUGAGGAGGAGAAGAAACCUGAGCACAUUCAGCUGACUAGACAAGUAUCACGUUCGAGGAAGGCCUCCCUCUCACACGCCAUAAGCGAAACCAGCGUCGUGGAAAGCCUGCUGGACGAAAGUGAGCACGAGUUUUCGUCCAACGAUGUGCAGGAGGAAUCGUCUCGAGGAAGAAUCGAAGGUUCUCUACUUGCCCGAUACUUACUAGCCGGAGGAAACCUGUUCGUAGUGAUACUAGUGGGUUUGCUCUUCGUUCUAAGUCAAGUUGUCGCAUGCGGCGUGGACUACUUCGUCACCUACUGGGUGAAUAUCGAGGAAGAUAGGGCUAAGCGCAACGACACCUUUGACGCGGCACGCAAUGACACAGUCACCGGCGAUAGUUCACUGAGCCAAAACACCUGCUUGUACAUUCAUGGUGGUCUAAUAAUUGCCUUAUUUUGUGUCGCGUUCACGCGCUCGAUGAGUUUCUACAAGCUGGCGAUGCGCAGCUCGCUGAAUUUGCACAAGGCAAUGUUUAUGAAUGUGAUUUACACGACAAUGCGGUUUUUCGAUACAAAUCCAAGCGGGAGAAUUUUAAAUCGUUUUUCCAAAGACGUAGGUACGGUUGAUGAACUGUUGCCGAAAGUAAUAUUGGACUCGUCACAGCUGUUGCUGAUAAUGGUGGGGUCAAUUACACUUGUGGCAGUUGUUAAUGUAUGGAUGAUAAUUAUGGUUGUAGUGAUUGGGAUUUUAUUCUUCAUACUCAGGAUGAUAUUCCUGAAGUCUUCAAAGAAUAUCAAACGCUUGGAAGGGAUUACGCGUAGUCCCGCUUUUACACAUCUAAAUGCAUCUUUACAAGGCCUCACUACCAUCAGAGCGUUUGGCGCGCAACGUAUCUUAAUGCAGGAAUUUGACAAGCACCAAGAUCUACAUACGAGCGCUUGGUACAUGUACAUUGCAGUAAGUUCGGCUUUCGGAUUUAUAAUCGAUAUGCUCUGUUGGAUAUUUACAGUAUUUGUAACGUUCGGUUUUCUAUUACUGUCCGAGAAAGUUCCCGGCGGAAAUGUCGGUCUGGCGAUCACACAAGCGAUCGGACUGUCCGGCUACGUGCAGUGGGGCAUGAGGCAGUCCACCGAAGUCUCGAACCAACUGACGUCUGUGGAAAGAAUGGCGGAGUACGUUUCUCUAACGCCAGAAAAACAACCGGAGGUACCUGUACGCUUGAAGGACCGUGAAUGGCCCAAGCACGGGAAGAUUUCGUUUCAAAAUAUGGGACUGCGGUACUUUCAAGGGGGAGAUCUAAUGAUCAAGGAUUUAAAUUUAACGAUUCAUCCCAAGGAAAAGAUUGGAAUAGUUGGGCGCACAGGUGCCGGCAAAUCAUCUAUAAUUUCCGCGCUGUUCCGUCUAGCGAUAGUCGAAGGAACAAUCGAAAUCGACGGCAUCGACACGAAAGAUUUAGUACUGCAAGAGAUGAGAUCGAAAAUAUCAAUCAUUCCCCAAGAUCCGAUCUUAUUUUCGGGCAGCCUGAGAUACAAUUUGGACCCGUUUUCGGAAUAUCCAGACGAGGUUCUGUAUAAAGCCAUACACGAGGUCGAGUUAAAGGAUCCGACAAAUACCAUCAACAGAUUGGAAUACGCAGUGAUGGACGGAGGUUCGAAUUAUAGCGUCGGGCAGCGGCAGUUAAUCUGUUUGGCACGCGCGCUCGUGAGAAAUAACAAAAUUUUAAUGCUGGAUGAGGCCACUGCAAACGUUGAUCCACAAACUGAUGCGAUCAUUCAAAAAACAAUAAGGGAGAAGUUUUCCGAAUGCACCGUGCUAACAAUUGCACACCGACUUAACACAAUUAUGGAUUCCAGUAAAGUAUUAGUGAUGGAUUCGGGCAGAAUGGUGGAGUUUAAUCAUCCGCACUUACUGCUACAAAACCACAAGGGCGCUUUUUACAAGAUGGUUUUCGAAACCGGUAAGGGAACUGCAGAACAAUUGAAGAAAAUUGCGAGACAAAAUUAUGAACAGCAACUAGUGCUUCCAGAAGGCGAUUAAGUGUAGGCACUAAACGUGUCGACAUGAAAAAAUUGUGAUUAUGCUCAAAAAAGACUUGUGCUAAUAGUAUAAUUAAAGACUACUUAAUUAGAUAAUAUUAGUAAGUAAAUAAUGAAUUUUAUAUAGUAGAUAGGUGUACUAAUUGACUGUUACUAAUAACCCAUUGCAAACAUAGCCAAAGUUCUGAUUUGUGUAAAAAUUAAUAAUCUCUAUGUUAGGAUUUCUAAUUUACAAAUUUGUAUCUCGAAAAGUGCUCUAUUUUUAAAUAAAUACGAUUUGAAUGGA